AUGGUUCCAUCGGCAAUACUCAAAAGAACGGUUCAAAGGGCUCCAAGACUCGUUGCUCCCAAGUCUUUAUCUAUCAGGUCGUUCACCCAAUCCACCAUGAGACGCAUUGCUCAUGAAGAAGACCUUGUGGAUCUUAAAACAUUACCUAGAAAAGAAGAGCCUGAAAUUUAUGUUCCUUUAAUAAACCCAACUGAAAAGUAUAAAGUACAGAUUGAAGAGUUGCACAAGUUUGGUACUUAUAUCAUGGCAUGUUUACCCAAGUUUGUUCAGCAAUUUUCUGUAUGGAAAGAUGAAUUGACAAUUUAUGUUGCUCCAUCUGCAUUGAGACCAGUUGUGUCGUUUUUAAAAUAUCACACAUCAGCUCAAUUUAAAGCAUGUAUGGAUGUCACAGCAGCUGAUUAUCCAUCGAGAACUAAUAGAUUCGAUGUUGUUUACAACUUGUUGUCAGUCAGGCACAAUUCAAGAAUAAGAGUCAAGACUUAUGCUAGCGAAACCAGUCCUGUUCCUUCAGUCACUCCAUUAUACCAAGGUGCCAAUUGGUACGAAAGAGAAACCUACGAUUUGUUUGGUGUCUUCUUUACUGGCCAUCCAGAUUUGAGAAGAAUUAUGACUGAUUAUGGGUUCGAAGGUCAUCCAUUGAGAAAAGACUUCCCAACUACUGGUUACACUGAAGUCAGAUACGACGAAGAGAAAAAGAGAGUUGUUUAUGAACCAUUGGAGUUGACUCAAGCAUGGAGAAAUUUCACUGUUGGUUCAUCAGUUUGGGAACCAGUUGGAGAAGGUCAAGAUUUCACUCCAGAAAACUUUAAAUUGCCAACACCCGAACCAGAGCCAGAGAACAAGGAUGAAAAGAAGUAA